AUGGCCUCUACUCUUCUCCGCACAACUCCCGCCGUGCGCGCUGGUCUCCGCGCCGUCUCCAAGCCUGCCGCUGCCAUGGCCUCGACCAGCUUCGUUCGCGGAAAGGCUACCCUUCCCGACUUGCAAUAUGACUAUGGCGCUCUCGAGCCCUCCAUCUCCGGCAAGAUUAUGGAGCUUCACCACUCCAAGCACCACCAGACCUACGUAAACGGCUUCAACGCCGCCGUAGAGGCUCUCUCCGAGGCCCAGGCCAAGAAUGACGCCAAGGCUGCUGCUGCCCAGGCUCCUCUUCUCAACUUCCACGGUGGUGGCCACAUCAAUCACACUCUCUUCUGGGAGAACCUCGCCCCCAACGGCCAGGGUGGCGGUGGUGAGCCUACUGGCAAGCUUUCCACUGCCAUCACCGAGGACUUUGGAUCCUUUGACAAGCUCAAGAAGCAGACCAACGCUGCCCUCGCCGGUAUUCAGGGUUCCGGUUGGGCCUGGCUGGUCAAGGACAAGACGUCCGGUACCCUCAGCGUAGUCACCCGCGCCAACCAAGAUCCCAUUGCCGGUAACCUCGAGCCUCUACUGGGCAUUGAUGCUUGGGAGCACGCCUACUACCUCCAAUAUGAGAACCGCAAGGCUGAAUACUUUAGUGCCAUCUGGGACGUUAUCAACUGGGACACCGUUGCAAAGCGUUUUGAGAAAUAG